AAAUCCAGCUCCACAAGCUGGUGGGUCAGUGGUCCAAGUUCAAGAUUUUUUUUCAAGAAAAACCAGCUGGUGCGUCCCACAUGGAAGAUCAAACCACUUCUCUGGACCGACGGGAUAUAUAAUUCAUUAUGGCUGAGCUUCCUGCGAACCGGUCGGAGGCGGUUGCGGUCGACGAUCACGCCGCCCCCAACGCCCGUCUUCGGACUCUCAACCGUUCAAUCUCGUUACCAGAGGACAAAGUGACUAGUCGGUGGGAAACGCUGAAACUUGCCUACAAGACAUUAGGAGUUGUUUUUGGAGGGCUUGUGACUUCCCCACUUUAUGUCUAUCCUUCAAUGCCAUUGAAGUCACCAACAGAAGAUGACUAUUUGGGUAUCUAUAGCAUCAUGUUCUGGACCCUCAGUCUAAUUGGCGUCGUAAAAUAUGCCAGCAUAGCUCUCAAAGCAGAUGAUCAGGGUGAAGGUGGAACAUUUGCAUUAUAUUCGUUACUUUGUAGAAAUAUGGAAAUUGGGUUUCUUUCUUCAAAACGCAUAGUUCCAAACUCAAGAAUUUCACAUGCUAACGUGUACCAGAGUUCUCAAAAGCCAAGUAGGCUGGGUAAGUUUAUCGAAAAGAGUGUAAUUGCUAGAAGGGUGUUGCUUUUCAUUGCAAUGCUGGGCAUGUGCAUGCUAAUUGGUGAUGGGAUACUUACGCCUGCCAUCUCAGUGUUGUCAGCAAUGGAUGGCAUACGAGGACCUUUUCCUUCUGUCAGCAAAUCUUGGGUUGAAGCCCUUUCUGCAAUUGUUCUUAUUGUUCUGUUCCUGCUUCAAAAGUUUGGUACCUCGCGAGUGAGUUUCCUUUUCUCCCCCAUUAUGGGUGCCUGGACCUUCACCACUCCACUUGUAGGUAUUUAUAGCAUCAUUCAUUAUUACCCAAGUAUCUUCAAGGCAAUAUCACCACACUACAUGUUUCGCUUCUUUUCAAGAAAUGGAAAGGAAGGCUGGCUGUUGCUUGGUGGCACGGUCCUUUGUAUCACAGGUUCAGAGGCAUUGUUUGCUGAUCUUGGUCAUUUCAGCAGGAGUUCCAUUCAGAUAGCCUUUCUAUUUACUAUAUAUCCAUCCUUGGUUCUGACUUAUGCUGGACAAACAGCAUACCUUAUAAAGAACCCGUACGAUCAUGAUGAUGGGUUUUUCAAGUUUAUUCCAACACCAAUUUACUGGCCUAUGUUCAUCAUAGCAACGCUAGCAGCAAUUGUUGCGAGUCAGUCACUGAUUUCGGCUACCUUUUCCGUUAUCAAGCAAUCUGUAGUGCUGGAUUACUUCCCUAGGGUCAAAGUGGUGCACACCUCCUCUAGCAAAGAAGGCGAGGUUUACUCCCCAGAAGUCAAUUACAUCCUCAUGGUACUUUGUGUCGCUGUCAUUCUUAUUUUCGGUGACGGGAAUAAUAUUGGAAAUGCCUUUGGUGUUGUAGUCAUCCUUGUUAUGCUCAUCACCACUAUACUCCUGACGUUAGUCAUGAUCAUGAUCUGGAGAACUCCGCCUGUUUUGGUUGCUCUUUACUUCUCUGUAUUCUUCGUGAUGGAAGGCGCGUACGUGAGUGCCGUGUUCACCAAAAUUCCAGAAGGUGGAUGGAUUCCAUUUGCCAUUUCCUUGAUCCUCGCUUUUAUCAUGUUUGGCUGGUUUUACGGAAGGCAAAGGAAGAUAGAAUAUGAACUCACGCACAAGAUAGAUUUGGAAAGACUCGGAGUGCUGCUAUCUGAUCCAUGUGUCCAGAGGGUGCCGGGACUUUGCUUUUUCUACACCAAUAUUCAAGAUGGCCUGACCCCAAUUCUUGGACACUACAUAAAGAACAUGAAGUCUCUCCACAAGGUUACCAUUUUCACGACCCUUCGAUACUUGUUGGUUCCAAAAGUCGCACCGCGUGAAAGGAUUGUUAUAAAGAAACUAGGUCUCAAAGGGGUAUACGGGUGUGUGAUUCAGUAUGGUUAUGCCGACUCUCUGAAUCUCGAAGGAGAUGAUUUUGUACAUCAAGUUACAGAGAGCUUGCAAGCCCAUAUAGAGGACAGCUCUGCGUAUGUACCAACGGUUCCUUUGGAGGUUGAGGAAGAGAUAUCUGAGGUUGAAGAAGCAAAGCUUGCUGGGGUGGUUCACGUCCGGGGGAAGACCAGGUUUUAUAUAGGUAAGAAUUGUAGGUGGUUCGACAGGUUCAUGCUUGGUUUCUAUGAAGUUUUGCACAGUAACUGUAGGUCGGCGCUCCCUGCUAUGGGUGUGCCGUUACCACAGUGUAUUGAGGUUGGAAUGCUUUAUGAGGCCUGAAAGCAUUACACAUUAUGGAUAGGAAAGACACAGGAUUUGACAUUGGAAGGGCAAAUUUGCAUGUAACAAAAAUUUAUCAUAAAGCAUUACCAAAAGUAAAAUUUUUGACGGAAUAUUCUCCGUUUGUUUUAUGGAAGUCGUUUGUUCAAUGA